AUGGCUGUGUCCCCCACACCUGAGCUGUGGAAAUCUGAUCUUGACAUCACAGUGGAGACCAGUACAAAUUCGAGUUCAGAUCCUGUGGCUGAGGCACAUCGAGAAAUUGUCUCAUUUGAUGUUAUAAUAAUCCUCUCUCUGGUCAUUGCCCUGGUUGGGCUGGUGGGGAACAGCAUCGUCCUGUGGCUCUUGGGCUUCCGCAUCCAGAGGAGCCCCUUCUCCGUCUACAUCCUCAACCUGGCCGCAUCCGACACCCUCUUCCUAGGAAGCUUCUUUCUGUUCUGCAUGUGGGAUAUUGUUGGAGAUUCAUAUGCUGUCGCGGAUCUGCUAUGGAGCUGCAUCCUAUACACGCCCUACUGGGUUGGCCUGAGUUUGCUGGCUGUGAUCAGCACCGAGCGCUGUCUCUCUGUGCUCUUCCCCAUCUGGUACAGAUGUCACCGGCCCAAGCACAUGUCUAUGGCUGUGUGCACCGCCCUAUGGGCUCUGCCUGUCCUGUACUGGGGAGCAUUUGUGACUUUUAAAUCCCUUGGCAAUUAUCACGCCUACGUUUUCAACAGGGGUCUGCUCUUCCUCAGGAUUGGAUGGUUCGCCCUCCUCACCUGCGUGAUGUCCGUAUCCAGCCUGACCCUAGCGCUGAGGGUCCAGUGUAGCUCCCAGCGCAGGCAGCCGCCCCGGCUAUACCUCCUGAUCCUGUUCACAGUCCUCGUGUUCCUGCUCUUCGGCCUGCCCUUGUGGAUUUUUGAUUCACUUGGGUUUUUCAUAGACUUCUCUUUAAUACCUCCUGGGCUCCCUUGGCUCCUGGGCUGUGUGAACAGCAGCGCAAACCCUUUCAUUUACUUCUUCCUGGGCAGCCAAUGGUGUAGAAGAGGGAGGGAACCCCUCAGGGUGGUCCUCCAGAGGGCCCUGGGGGAGGAGCAGGUGGAAGGGGUUGGGUCAAGGGACACUUCCUACACCAAUACUGUGGAUAAAUUAUCCUGA